AUGGCCGAAACUCAGCUAUGCAUUCGAAAGGCCCGCCUCGAUGGCGCGUUCCUCGAUGGCGAUCGAAGACACAACAUCGAGUCGAGGAGCAGAGAAGCAGGCCGAGCUGCGAACGAUUUCACCGAGCCGGUCGACUGGAAACUAGCUGGGAUGAAUUCAAUCACAGCAAUUUGUGCUGUGAAUCUCAUCAAGAACAGUGCUCAGCGGAAUGUUGUGAUCAGCCAGGUUCGUUUCCGUAAGUUCAAAUCGCGGAAUCCUCCGGAGCCCCACUAUGAUCGUAAGGCUAUGUACGAGGUUUGCAAGCCCAUAUUAUCGAGAGAGGAGCAAAUAUGCUCCAGCCUCACCUAUAAGCCUCCCGAGAAAGAGCCUCAUCCAUGGAGUGUUCUGAAAGCGAAGAAGCUUCGACAGGAAUUUGAACAAGCCAAAAUGAUCCUCUUCUUCCACAAGAACCCCAUCUCAGCGGAGAAAGACUUCGAAGCCAAGAACAGCUUCUUCAAGAUAGACGUCUUCAUGAAGGAUUACAGCAACACGGUCACGUCCCUGGCGAUUCAAAACGGAUUUCUCGCGAACGCUACGCCAUUCGUGACAUCGAGGAAUGCCGUCGCUGUCUCACCUCAUCAUGAUAUCAAGUCUUGCCUGCGUUUGUUGAAGAAAAUUCCACAGUACAUCCUCCUAGCUGGGGUGAUAGAUCGGACGUUUCUGGACCGCGCACAACUGAGCUGGUUGGCUACGGAGCCUUCAAUCCAGACAUUGCAGUCGAUCACCGCAGGUCUACUCUCCGCGCACCAGCAACGACUAUAUGGCAACCUCAACCGGCAUCAACAGAGACUAUCGAUGCUGCUGUCGCAACACUCGCAGGCAUCGCAGAGCUCUUCGAAAAGUUCGACAAUAGACGCUACGACUGUGGGAGAUCGUCCGAGCGAAGAGAAUUGAGCUCAAUAAAAAUCCCGUGUAGAUCCCGU